AUGGCGUGUCUCAAGUACCCGCUGCGUCGCAUGAUGGUGGCCGGUGCGCUGCUGGUGCUGUGCGUGAACGCCCUCUUUGUCUCCGCGGCCUCCACCACCGACUACACCGCCGAUCAGCAGAAGAACACGCUGGCGUUCCUGAAGGGCUUUGCGAUAGCGGGCUCAACUCUGGAGACCAGCUGGACCGGCACGGACUUCUGCUCGUGGCCGUACGUGAGAUGCGGCUAUUUAGCGAGCACGCUGAGUUUCAAGGCCUACAGCCGGCCGGCGUUCACGGGAUCGCUGGUGUUGCCUGAGCUGGGUGCGGACGUGAAUGGCUCCGCCGUGAUCUUCACGGAAAUCUCUGCGAGUUGGUUUGGGCAACAGGUUACAGGCACGCUGCCCACGAGCUGGGGCCGCCUGAGGAAGCUGCGGACUCUGCGGUUGAACUACAACUCACUGAAUGGCCCGCUGCCUGCGGACUGGAGCGGGAUGUCUGCGCUGCAGUCACUGUACCUGAACAGCAACCGCCUUGAGGGCAGCCUUCCCGGUCAGUGGAGGUUAUUGUCUGAAUUGAAGGACUUGCGGCUCGACAACAACUCGCUGUCCGGCGCGCUGCCUGCUGCGUGGAUUCGCAUGUCCUCACUGAAGGAUUUGUACCUCAACAGCAAUGCGCUCUCCGGCACGUUGCCUGCGGCGUGGGUGGCGUUAACGGCGCUUUGGUCUCUGGAUCUGUCCAAUAACCAGCUAACGGGCUCGAUCCCUGAGCGGUGGGGCGAGCUGCGGGUGUAUACGUUGGAGCUGAGCAGCAACAGGCUGUGCGGAUGCGUUCCUACCAAACUGAAGAACGGUUCUUAUCCCCCCACUGUUGAUCCUGCGGUGUCCGCUGCUAACUGUACCACUGCAAACGUGUGCGAGGCGCACAGCUCCGGCUCGGCCUCCGCGGCGGACGACUCCGAGGAGAUCGCGAUGCUGACGGCGAACGAACAGAACACGCUGAAGUUCCUGCGGCUGGUGCGGGCUGCUGUGGGCGGGGAGCUGCGGAGCCUCUGGGGUGGCGUGUGGUACUGCGGCUGGCAGAACGUGAAGUGCGGUUCCAGCGGACUUGCAUCCGUCACGCUGAACGACGUCACGCUCUCUGGCUCGGUGCAGCUGCCGGAGCUGACGUCGGACAUCGAUGGCAGCCUUGUGGACGUGACGAGUUUCGAGCUGCACGGCAAGGGUGCGAGCGUGACGGGCGCACUGCCCACGAGCUGGGGCCGCCUGGCGCGUCUGCAGACGGUGCGCGUGCAGAGCAACGCCAUCACCGGCACGCUGCCGUCUGCCUGGAGCGAGAUGACGUCGCUGCGCAGCCUGAACGUGAGCGGCAACGCGCUGUCCGGUGGCGUGCCUGAUAGUUGGGGUGGCAUGACGAAGCUGGUGAGCGUCGACCUGAAGGGGACGGGCCUGUGCGGGUGCCUGCCCGAGGGGUGGAAGUCGAAGACGGUGGCUGCGGAUGCCGCGUUGACUGCGCGGGACUGCGCGAGCGCGAAUGCGUGCCCCGCGGCGUCGAGCACAUCAGCCCCGCCGAAGAAGACUGGAUGGAUCCUGAUCCCACUGUGGUGCGUGCUGGGUGCUGUGGGUGGGCUCUUGGUGGGACUUGCAGUUAGCUUUGGCGUGCGCUUCUACCGCCGGCGUCAGCGUGCGAGAGAGGUGAGUCGAUUCCAGGCCGUGCAAGAAGCGGAGAUGCAGCCUUUUUCGAAGAUGCCUGACUCGCAGUAUUAA